AUGCUGGAGGAUGUUGCAGGCAGCAGAACGUUCUCCACGGCAUCUCCAGAAUCUGUCAAGUCUGUCACGUGCUCAGAUCCAGUAAGAGAUCCAGAGAUCAGAUCUGCUGAGAUGAACCAGGAGGAACGGAGGAUCGUGCUGCUGGGGAGAACUGGUGUUGGGAAGAGCUCAACAGGAAACACCAUCCUGGGAAACUAUAUAUUUAGAUCAGAACGAUCUUUAUAUUCUGUAACAGAACACAGUGAACGUGCAGAAACUGUGAUAGGAAACCGUGUACGUGUGGUUGAUACACCAGGAUUCUUUAACACAAGAUCACUGACACUAGAUCAGUUAGCGGUGGAGUUGUACAGGACUGUUUAUCUCUCACAACCAGGAGUUCAUGCUUUCAUUCUGGUUUUCAGGUUUGAUAAUUUCACAAAACAGGAAGUAGAAAUAAUUAGGCGCUUACAGAAGGUUUUUGGUGAGCAGGUUACUAAUUACGUGAUCAUUUUGUUUACUCAUGCUGAGGGUGUAAGAGAGGAAAUUAUACAUCAGGAAAUAAGCAGGAAUGAACAUCUCAGAAGGGUGUUAGAUCAGUGUGGAGGAAGAUUUCACAUCAUUAAUAAUGCAGAACCACAGAACAGACAGCAGGUCACUGAACUUCUGCAGAAGAUAGACAGGAUGGUGGAGCAGAAUGGAGGAGGAUUCUACAUUAAUGAGGUGUAUGAGGGAGCGCAGGGCUUAACCUGGGAGGAAUUAUGGAAGAUUCAAAUCAUCCCUUUUCAUUAG